AUCAGAAGCGAGUUCUUUGAAACGCCCAUUCCGGGAAAGCAGAGCCCUGUAUAGCAUACACGCUUUUCAAGGUCGAGGAGGUGAAUAAAGAAAAUGGGGCUGCUUUCGGCCCUGACUCGAGGACUGGUCCGGGGAGCAGACCGCACAGCCGAGUUCACCAGCAAGCGAGGCCCUAAGACCUUCUACAAAAGCCGAGGAGCCAGGCCGGCCGGAGUGCUCACCUCUAGCAGGAAAUUUAUCCCUGUGCAGGAAAUGAUCCCUCAGUUUGUCGUUCCCAAUCUGGAGGGCUUCAAGCUGAAGGCGUACGUGUCGUACAGGACACCACCGGGUACAGAACAACCCAUGACUGCUGAGAGCAUCUUCAACCAGGCUGUAGCUCCGCACAUCCAGAGAGACUUUGAAGCAAACGAGUUUGACCCACAGCAGCUGGAAAAAUACGGCUUAGAGAAGACACAGGAGGGGAAGCUGUUCAAAUUGUACCCCAAAAACUUUAUACGUUAAAUGUCUUAAAAGUGUUGAAUGGACUGUGAAGAAACAAUGCUUUGUAGAUGCCAGUAUUGUAUUGUUAAAACCACAAUUUGCAUAUAAAUUAAAACUGAUCUCAAAAUACA